CAGUUAACAAUUUAACGAACACAACUCAGAGCUCAAAUUUUAUAUUUAUUAAAAGUAGCGCGAAUUUAAAUCAAAAUGUGCGACAAUUUCUGUGAUGAUUUGGAGACCUUCAAUCCCGAAGUAGAAUUUCUAAAAUUUAUUAAACGUAAGCCAGUGGUGCAGACAGCCAAGCUUUAUGAGAAUCUGCACAAGCGCGAGGACAUCAAAUGUCCCUACAACUUCAAGGGCUAUGGCGUGGAAAAGGACACCAAUACCAUGUAUCGCACAUGCAACUCCGAAUAUGGCUAUUAUGCGCCCAAUGCUUAUACCAUACCUAAGCGUUUCUUUCCACUCUCCCAGAAAUUCUCCAAUGAUGUCGUGCGCUUUGGAAUGUAUCGAAAUUUCUCGCUGAAUACGCAUAUGGAUCGCACAUUCUACUGAGACCAAGGACGUUCAACUUUUUUGUUUGUGUUGAGUUACAUGCCAGCAUGCAUAUAUAUGUUUGACAUCUUUUAAAUUUUGUACCACUUCCGGGUUUUGUUGUAAGGCAUGAAACGUCUGUCACAAAAUUAUCUCUGGCUAUAAUCAGAACAUUUAGAUCUUAUACACGUACUUAGUUGCACAGCAUAAAGCAGUUAAAUAAAAA